CUCGCGCAGACACCGCCAACAUCCAACAGAAACCACACAACUCGCUUGGAACUUCUGCACUUUGCACUUCCAAAACCUGCACAUUUGAAUCAAUUGCACUUUGCACGAAGAACCCACCAAUGCGCUCCAAGACUCCAGCUCAUCCCCAAGUUUUACUGCCCAGAGAAGUGCGACGCUUUAAAUGAUCGCAUAUCAUCCCGUGUUGCCUUGAUCUGCCAUGUGUUGUUUAAUUUUCACCGCAUGUUCCUAUAAGUGCCGUUCCUCUCUUUCUCUUGAUGGCUGAUGCAGCCAGUGGCUUUCUAUCUCUUUGCUCGCAAGUUCAGUAACGGUAUCUUUCCUGUAACCCUCAACUCAAAAAAAUUCUCAGAUUCUUUUGAUUUUACCCUCUCAGAGGAAGUUGCGCCUUCUUCUCGAACUCGCGCAUCAAAGUUAUGCAUUCCGUACCCUCCAACAGCAGCUCUUGCUACCCAAAUCCUCCUACUGAACCUCAGGUCUCUUCCCACGAGACUUUCCUCUACUCCGAAACCUACCAACAUACCGAGCCUGCCACCUCGAACACUCAUGCCUCAGCAUACCACAUAACGAAUGACAUAAACAACCGACACCCUCUUCCCAGCAAUGCAAAACCUUCGAUGUCUUGCGACCCCACGGCUCAGGCAAUUACUGCUUUGCAGCAAGACUAUACACCUCUCACCCACGACGCACUUCACUACCACAAUGGCAAGAGCAAGUCCUCACACAAAGACGCAACCGCACAGUACGUGCACUCCCAACGCCGCACCUGCGGCUCCAUCCCGGCAUCAACCGAUGACACAACAAUACGCUCCCACCCAUACCCAACCUCCAUCCACCAAGCAGACCUCGAGCAGCCAUCAGUCCAAGUCCAAGCCCCAGCAAAUCUUUUGCAUUCUACACAGAUACUACGUCAAGGUCCUGCACCUUGGGCUUAUGCUUUCAUUGGCAUCGGAGCGCAGUUCCCGCUUUAGUUUUGGAGAUCACUUUCAGCUGAGCAGGAGUCAGAGUGCGGAAAAGGGGCGCAAUUCACGGGAAACAUUUCAAAUGUAUCGUCAGAGUUAGAAAAUAAAUAGGCUGUUUACCAC